AUGAAUUUGGGAAACAAAUGCCAUGAAGAAGAGUACAACGAGAAGCAUGGCACAUCUGGCUUCGUCAUCUUCCUCGCGAUAGUUCUCCCAAUUACAGCAGCCGCUGGUGUCGGGUACUGGGUAUACCAGAACUGGGACGGCAAGUUUGGCCGCAUCCGACUGGGCGACGGCUAUAAUUCGUUCGACAGCAACAGUCCAUGGAUAUCAUGGCCCAUCGCGGCCGUUUCAGGCCUCAUUGCCGUUCUCGCUACGAUCCCAUUACUGGUCGGCAGUCUGUGGCGAAGUGCAAGCAGCAGAUUCGGUGGCGGCCGUGGCUACGGAAGCCGGACGUACACGAGUAGAGCCUCGUUUGGCCGCGGCGACUAUGCGAUCGUGGAUCCGGACGAAGGUGAACUGCUUGGUGAUGACAGUGACGAGGACGUCUAG